GUUGUUCAGUUCAAUUCGAAUUGUUGCAGUGAACAUGUGGUGAAUUUGUUUUUUUCAUUUUCAAUAAAUUAUUGGAAAAUUUCGUACAAAAUGCGUUUGCAAAUGUUAAUUCCAAACUUCAGUGCCUAUACUACCAAAGGUCCAAUCAAAUUCUACGAUUGGCAGGGUGAUUCAUGGGUCGUGCUAUUUUCGCAUCCGAAUGACUUUACACCGGUGUGCACAACGGAAUUGUGCCAAAUUGCUCUGCUGAAGGAUCAAUUUAUCAAGCGCAACGUCAAACUGCUCGCUCAUUCCGUCAACGAUCUCCAGUCACACUUCGAAUGGAUCAAUGAUAUCACGUCAUAUUGCUCGGGUAUUGUUAGUGAAUUUCCUUAUCCGAUUAUCGCGGAUCCGAAUCGGGAAUUAGCUGUCGCCCUGGAAAUGAUUGAUGACGAACAAAAAAAUGACAUUGAAGUUGCUAAAACUGUACGGGCUCUAUAUAUUAUUGACCCCAAUCAUCGGCUCCGGCUCUCUAUGAUUUAUCCCGAAUCAACGGGCAGAAGCAAUCACGAAAUUUUGCGGGUAAUUGACUCGUUGCAGCUAACAGACAAAAAUCCAUAUGUAGUUACUCCGGCUGAUUGGGUGCCUGGCGAUAUUGUAUUGAUUUCUCCGCAUAUCGACGAUACCUUAGUCGACCGAGUCUUUCCGCGUGGAAUUGAUCGGCUUGAAAUGCCAUCAGGCAAAGGCUAUAUUCGAACAACAACCAACUAUUAAAUGGCGCUCAGUUUCCAAAAUAAGAAGAUAUAUGAUUAUUAUCCACCCAACAAUGAAUAAGGAGCAAGUGACAAUUUGACAAACUUGCAUGAAUAAAUAAAAAGGGCUAUGUGAAUUGAAACCAACGGUCAUUAAAUAGUGUACUUUUAUCUUAUGUGAUGACAUUGAUCACGCUGUUCAAUUAAGUGAAUUAAGUGCAACUGAAACAUAAUCAGUCGAUAUUUUAAUCAGAAAAUGCCAUCAGAGACUACCUCAAAACCGGUGUACUCUUUGACUGAAAAUAAAACUGUCAUUUCAAAAUCAAGUAAA